GUUAGCUGCCAGCGCUACGGAACUUAGCAGGCAGCUAGCGGUGUAGCGUCGUGUGUGAAUGAAUGUGCUGUUUUAGACUUCAGUAAAGGUGUGUUGCGGAAUACAGGCGGGUCAUGUAAAUGUACGCCUACAGUUUACCGGCGGCUGAGUCAAACGCUGUGCUCGCACGUAGUUCAUGGCCAGUUACGUUAGCUAACUUGUGUGUCGUUUGACAGAAUCAGAGGAGUGUCCAGCUAGCGUUAGCUGGCUAGCUACCACACAACGUAGCUAGCUAGUUAGCUGUCUGUUUUGUGAACUACUUUGGUCCUCCUCGCCUGCGUCUCAGUGCUGUUGUUUUUCAAGUGGUAGCAACGUAACUGUGCGUGCCCAGGACGACAGCUGGACUUGAAUGUUGUGCUUCCUAUGAUGUUCAGAGCUUUUUUCGUUGCAUCACUUGACCCCUCCUGGUCCAUUUAACUAGCCAUAUAUUAUUACUCCCACACAAACCCCACAUCUCUGCUUGGCAACAGAAUGAUCAUUGACGCUGACCCCACCCAGCCUGCUGGGGUAAGAGUCCCCCAAAACCAAGUUCUCCAAAUGAUAUGAUAGUAGCCGCCUGGAUCACUUUCUGUGCCUGCAGGAGCCUUGCAAGGGUUCUGCUCUUCCUUUCCUCCUCAAACCCCCGUCCUUCAUUCUGGGAGACCCUUGCCAGUGUGGUCUCCGGCACUGGAAUCAUGGGUAACAGCUGUGUGUGCCGGGAAGAUAGUGACUUGGAGGACCAUCACCAUGGGUCAACAAGGGCGACCCGAGGACAGGCUAGACGGGUGGAUCAUGGUACAGGUGUAGGUGCCGAUGCUGGAGAGGCUCGGAGCAGUCGGCCCAGGGACCCGGUCAGGCCACCACGCAGAGGGCGGGGGCCCCAUGAGCCACGACGGAAGAAGCAGAAUGUGGAUGGCCUGGUGCUGGACACUCUGGCUGUCAUCAGGACACUUGUAGACAAUGACCAAGAGCCUCCUUACUCCAUGAUCACUUUGCAUGAGAUGGCAGAGACAGAUGAUGGUUGGCUGGAAGUCGUCCAGUCCCUGAUUCGAGUGAUCCCAUUGGACGAUCCGCUUGGCCCUGCAGUGAUCACCCUUCUAUUGGAUGAGUGUCCCCUACCCACCAAGGAUGCUCUCCAGAAACUCUCUGACAUGUUGAGUCUGAGUUCAGCUGUAGCACAACAGGAUGCUCUAAACCCUGCUAAACACAGAAACACCACAGCUGUCCUAGGAUGCCUGGCAGAGAAACUGGCUGGACCAGCCAGUAUUGGACUAUUGAGCCCUGGAACGCUUGAGUACCUUCUAGAGAGCCUGAGUUCUGAGGCCCACCCUACUGUCAUGCUGUUUGCUCUCAUCGCGUUGGAGAAGUUCUCGCAGACCAGUGAGAACAAACUGACAGUGUCCGAGUCAUGUAUCAGCAAUCGACUCGCUGUUCUGGAGUCGUGGGCAGAGCAUCCGGACUAUCUGAAGAGGCAGGUCGGAUUCUGUUCACAGUGGAGCCUCGACAAUCUGUUCCUUAAGGAGGGUCGUCAGUUCACCUACGAGAAGGUCAACCUCACUAAUAUCAACGCCAUGCUCAACAGCAACGAUGUCAGCGAGUACCUGAAGAUUUCCCCCACUGGACUAGAGGCACGGUGUGACGCCUCGUCCUUUGAGAGCGUGCGUUGUACAUUUUGCGUAGAUUCAGGCGUCUGGUACUACGAGGUGACGGUCAUUACAUCAGGCGUGAUGCAAAUCGGAUGGGCCACCAAGGACAGCAAGUUCCUCAACCAUGAGGGUUAUGGAAUAGGAGAUGAUGAAUACUCAUGUGCUUAUGAUGGCUGCAGGCAGCUCAUCUGGUACAAUGCUCGGAGUAAACCUCACUCUCACCCCUGUUGGAAAGAGGGAGAUGCCAUCGGCUUCCUGUUGGACCUCAGUAAGAAGCAGAUGAUCUUCUAUCUGAACGGACAUCAGCUGCCACCAGAGAAACAGGUCUUCUCAUCAGCGACGUCGGGUUUCUUCGCUGCAGCCAGCUUUAUGUCAUACCAGCAGUGUGAGUUCAACUUUGGGGCCAAGCCUUUCCGUCACCCACCUUCUGUCAAGUUCAGCACCUUCAAUGAUUUUGCUUCAUUGCUGCCCAGUGAAAAGAUCAUCCUACCCAGACACCGGCGUCUGGCCUUACUAAAGCAGGUUAGCAUCAGAGACAACUGCUGCACGCUCUGUUGUGACGUCAUGGCUGACACGGAGCUGCGGCCCUGUGGACAUGGUGGUAUGUGUAUGGAGUGUGCCUUACAGUUAGAGACGUGCCCCCUUUGCCGCCAGGACAUCCAGACCCGAGUCAGACUCAUUGCACAUGUCUCCUGACACACUUCCUGCCCCUCUUCCAGUAAGGAGAGAGACACAAGCCUGACAUCCCCCUCCUCCUCCUCCUCGAAUCCCCUCUCACCCAGCAGGGCUGUGAGGACAGUGCCACAAUGCUGUGAUGAUGCCAGAACUGCAAGUUCUGGUCAGAGGAGGCUACGGCGGAGGGGUGGAGAGAAGAAAGAGAGGAAAUGAGAGGAGGGGAAUCAAACCACAGCUGGAUCCCCAGGAGCAUUCCCUCAUUUAUCUCCUCUUUUGUAUCCUUCUGACAACUCACUGCAGAAGCUGGGCCAAGAAUUGUAAACUUUCUACAGACAGUGUGUUUUUCAGACAAAAAAAAUAAAAGCAGACGUGAGAAGCAGAAACAAUUUUACCAGAUUACAGACAGGACCAGUUUCUCAUCUGCAAGCCCCUGCGUAGAGUUAUCAGACAUCCUAUCAGAUCCAUUGUGCUUUCAGCCCAGAGGCUGCUACUACUAUUUAAUCCUGUCACCAUCAUGCACAUGUCUGCUGAUCUGAAGGAGCUGGGUAGCUGAAAAGAACACAGCCUGUAGUACAGUAUUAAACCCAAGGUACAGAUAAAUUUGAGAUGUAUCACACUGUCAUGUUUUUGGGUAUAGAUAUGCGAAUUUUGUUGUUCUUGAGGUAGCAUUUUGAUUCUUUUCUCAAGGUUGUACCAAAACCUGUCCUUUGAUCAGCUUCUCUGUCUGUACUGAUCGACUGCUCAGUGGUAGGGUUUGCCAUCAGAAAAAGUUGCCAGAGUUUGCUCUUGGUAUCGGAGAACUUAAAAGUUGCAAGAUUAUUCCUAGAGUUCAGUUUUCUGAUUGGAUUUAAAAAAUAUGUUUAAAAUCAAAUCAGCAGUCAUAAAAGAGAGAAAGUUAAUGACAGAAUUCUUGUUUUACCACCAGUAAAAAAAAAAAGACUAAACAAAAAAAAAAACAACCCAACAUACUUGAAUCUGUAUUCGGACUUUCGUCAUGGCUGACCCUGCUGCUUUUUGCGCUUUAUGGUCUUUGCUCAGAUGUUUAUCUUUCCUCAGUCUCAGUCAUGUAUGUCACAGCAACAACAAAUAAAUACACAGGGUUUAAAAUUUACAGAAAGUUAUUCUGUAAAUGGUAUCACAUUUUUUCUUGCCCCUCAGUUAUUACAAGUGCACAUGUUUGAGGAGCCAGUGAUGGGGCAGUAUACAAUUGAAUUUACAUCACCGCCCUCUGAAUUUAUCUUGGAUUGCUUGAUUGCAGCAGUUUAGCUAAGUCUUAAUUUUUGUUUGUGAUUACAAACACAUGCGUCUGUAUUAAGAUGACUUUUUUCAAUCCACAAGAUGUGAUUUAAUUGUGUAUUGUAAAUGAUGGUGAACACAGAUGUAGAAACUUGGCUGAGAAGUACAACAGGUUUUUUUUUUUUUUUUUGAUUGGCGUUGUUUUAUCAGCUGAUCGCUAAAUCCUGUAAAACAAAUGUGAAAUGUUUAAGUGAAUUGUUUUUCUUCAAUAUCAGUUUACUAAAUAUCCCAGGGUCAUUCUUACGAUGAUGCCACGUUUGGUCUGAUUUGGCAGUGAAACACUAAGCAUAAAUUAGCAAAGAAACUGCCUGAAGCGCAGUGACAUGACUGUGUGGGCUUCAGUACAAAAUAAAAUGUGUUUGUGUUUCAUUUGCUACAAAUCACAGCUCUCUUAGUGAGAGUCCUUGCAUACACAAAACACAUUUAUCAGAUUGGAGGUUUAUCUUCUGUGUGACUCAUUCAGACUGAAAAACGGUUCUGCUCUGUGCUUUAUAUAAUACAGCACAUCUCUAUGCUCUCAUUUGCCAUUUCUCCAUUUUUUUUCUCUGUCUUCACCUUUGUGUUUUCCAUCUGUCUUUCUGUCUAUCCUCUACUUGAAGCAUCUCUGGGUUGACUGAAUGAUAUGUCUUUUGGAAACAGGUGACAAAAUGAAUAUGUGUGAGAUUGCGAUUCAAGAAAAAUUCUAUUUGUACGAUUAAAAAAAAAAAAACAUUUAAUGAUGUUUCAAAUUAAAACACUGAAUAAUUUUGAAUUUAUUUUGAU